UAAAACAAACCAAAAAACUGAAAAAGGCAUUUUUACCUCGCCUAUACACCAAUCGAUUCAACCCUUUUUCAUUUAUCCUGAAUUUCAAUUUCAAAUUUUCAACACCAUUUUCCCAGAUCUGCACUCCUCACUCUGGAAAUGCCUCCGACUGAUACGAGCUCCGAUCUCAGAAGAUCAUCGAUUAAUCCAGCUACUUUAAGUAUGAGUGAGUAUGCGUUUGCGGAUCUCAACAACUUGGAGCACUGUGCCAAGUAUUUGAACAAUACCUUAGUCACCUUUGGCUUCCCUGCUUCACUCGAUCUCUUUUCUAAUGACCCCGUCUCGGUGUCGAGAACUUGCAAUUGCAUACAUGCUUUGUUGCAGCAGAGACAGCGUGAUGUUGAGUUUCGGGAGUCUGCCAAUGAGCAGAGGCAACGGCUCUUAUCAGAUAUUUCAAGAUUGGAAGCUAAAGUGGAGAGGCUGGAAUCCCAAUUAUCUACGAAAGAUAGAGAGAUAGCUAGUAUGACGAGAACGGAAGCGAAAGCUACAGCAGCUUUCAAAACCCAGAUCGAUAAGUUGCAGCAGGAGCGAGAUGAAUUUCAGAAGAUGGUUUUGGGUAACCAGCAAGUGAGAACUCAACAGAUUCAUGAGAUGAAGAAGAAAGAAAAAGAGUAUGUAAAGUUGCAGGAGCGCCUCAAUCAAGUAGUAAUGGAGAAAAAGAAAGAAUCUAGAUCAGGCAUGGAAAUUAUGAAUUUACUACAGAAAGAAGGCAGGCAGCGUGGGACAUGGACUGGGAAGAAGGCAGACACUGAUUUCUACAAAAAGAUUGUGGAAACUUGCGAAGCAAAAAAUCAAGAAUUGAUGGCAGAAAAUGCAGAUUUGAGAACAUUAUUACGUUCAAUGCAGGCUGAUAUGCGUGAAUUUUUGAAUGCUCCAAAUGGAAAGCAGUCUUCUCCUGUCAAUACUAGGUCAGAUGCUGACCUGUCACAGUCCCCUUUGGGUGGGAGGACGGAUAUGUUUGAUCUGCCUCUUCACAUGGGCAGAGAUCAAAUUGAAGAAAGUCUCCGAACAAAAAUGAGCUCAAUAAAGGAGCGCAUGGUUCAACUUCAAGAUGUACACAAGGGUGCAGAAUUCACUUCUGAAGUGUCAGAGAGAGAGCUUGAGCUUGAAGCUCAGCUUGUUGAGGCAAGAAGCAUUAUCCAAGAGCAGGAAUCUAUAAUGUCUAAACAUAUUCCUAGAUCGAAUAAGCCAAGGAGACUAAGUGGACAUCUAAAUUCUGAGAGGGAGUCAAUGUUGUGAUCACUACGAUGCUUCUUUUGCUUGCUUCGGGACCGUAACCUGAAAAAAUCCUUGUUGCUAGGCUCUACAUGGCACUUGGUUUGAUAACAUAUUCCUAGUUAUAGAUUCUACUAAUGAAGUGUAAUGCGCAUUGUGUAAAAGCCGUACACUGAUCGUUGUGUUCUCAUAAUUUGUUCGUAGCGUUCAGGAGACUGCAAAUUCUCACGAAAAAACAGGGAUAGCUCAUUGCCUGAUAGUGUGUACAUUUGUAAUAGCUCUGUGCUUUAAUUAUCCUAACAUGUAGUAGACAAUAGGUUCAGGUGAAACAUCUCGUUUGUUUAACUCGAGUUAUGUUUAAGUAUUUGUUACAAUGACAGUUCCUUUGCUUCA